AUGAUUAUCCUUUUAAAAAUAGUGGACCUGGCCUUGUCAGAGGCACAUUCACAGAGAGCAAAUCUAAUUAUUAUUAAAGAUCACUUUGAUAAAUUUUAUAAAAUAAUCGAAGAACAUUUACUUACUACAGACCAAAUCUGGAAUAUGGAUGAAACUGAUGGUGCUCUAGCUGACACUGUUAUAGGUUUUACCAAUUCAGAAUAUAUGCGAAAAGAUUUAUUUCAAAUGUAUAUUGAACAUUUCAUCAAUUUUAUUCCUUCAAGUCAUCCAGUUCUUCUAAUGCUUGACGUUUCAACACAAGUCAAUGAAUUAGAAUCCCAACAAUCAAAGAAAAGAAAGACUUUUUCAUUUGCUCGACAUCUUAUUAAUGAGGAAUCUCUACAAAUGUUAAAGAAAGCAGAUGAGUUAGCAUAA